AUGGUCAAGCCCUGCAACUAUCCGUCGCCAGACGUCGAAGAGCGGCUCGUCCGAGACCGUUUUCUCGUGGGCUUGCUCGACCACAAACUCUCGGACAAGCUCUGUCAGAACCCGAAAAUGACGUUACACGAAGCGCCGACGUACGUUCGUCAGCAUGAAGACGCAGGUAACGAGCGCAGAGCUCAUAACUCGGUAGAGGCAUCUUCGUUCGCUGUCGACGCCGCUUGCCUUCGCAAGGGAAAGCAAGCGCCAGCUGAUAAGACAACGCAACAGCUGUGCCCGUUCUGUGGACGGGCCUCACACCCGCGCGUCGACUGUUCCGCUCGCAGUGUGUCGUGUAACUUUUGUCGCAAGAGUAGCCAUUUCGAGAAAGUGUGCCGUGAAAAGAAGCGCGUAAACGGGAAGCACACACGGAAGCCUUUGGCCAGCUCCAUCGAGUUGCAUGCAGUUGCAGGAGAGCGCCCGAACGCGAAGUUCGUCGAGGUACUCGUCGAUGGCCACCCACUUUCCUUCAAGGUGGACUAUGGCGCCAAAGUUUCAGUUGUACCCAGUACGUUUUCCGGCGUCCCGUCGAAGCUUCAAGACCCCAAGAGAGAGCUGAAAGACCCAAGCAACAACAUCCUGGAGUCAUAG